AGUUAUAUUGUCUUUGAUACCUGUUGAAUGAAUACAUUCUUCCGUACCUACACGUCAAAUGUGUUGAGGUCACAAUUUUUUUUUAUAUAAAAUAAAUAUUAAAUGGGCUACAUAAAAAAGUAAAUUAUUACUUAAUGAAAAUGUCUACAUUUACGGGUUUCAGUGAAGAAGAUUUGAAGCGAAUAAAAUCCGGAGAAACCGGCAAUGAGAACAAUGUUCCACCAGUUAGCAAUAUUGGAGCCAAAAAAGUGGGAAAGAUUUCUAUCAAACCUUCAAGGCCUACAUAUAAGUACAAAUCACCCGUCUUACAAAAACAGAGCUCAGAUGAUGCCAUAGAUGAAACACAAUUUGAUAAAUGUAAACUAAGUAUAAGAACACCAACCUCACCAGUUUGUGAUAAUAUACUUAACAAUAAGAAUAAAAAUAUGGAACAUAAUGGCGAUUUGCAUAAUAAUAAUGUCAUAGAUGCUGAGGAAUAUGUGAAUAAUGAAGUAAAAGAAACAGUAAGUGAUUCUGAAGAAAAUAAAGAGAAUAAAAGUGUCCAUGAAGUAAACACUACAGUGAAACCGGAUAUUGUGAGAGGUGUGGAGAAUUAUACAGAAGAUGAGAUAGCGAGUCACAGAGCGAAAAUGGAAGACUUACAGUUGAAACAGAAGAUCAUGGAGGAGCAGAACAAGAAGAGGAAAGAAAUGCUGGCUAAAGCAUUGGCUGAUAGGACAAAACAAACAGCAGAGGAGGUACAAAGGCUAGAGAAAAUAAAGAAAGAAUUACAAGUAUUGGAUGGACAAUUUUCUCAAGAUGUUGCUGUGUUACGGAAAAAGAUUGAUCAAGCUUGCCUGACGUAUAGUGAAGCAGAGAAACAUUAUCUCAAAGUGGAAAAAGAGUUUCUGCAAGCAAAAAUAAAUUUACAGAAAGAGAAAGAGAAGAAGGAGUUACUAACUGAACAUUUGUGUGCUUUAAUCACUCAUAAUGAGACACGGAAGGCACAGAAACUCGAGACUUUGAUGCUAGAACUAGCUACAGACAAAAACAAAGAGUUGAAUGAAAUGAUUGGUGAUAGAAGUAAGGAAAUUAAUGAAAUGGCCACUGAUGAUGAGAACCCGGUGAUCAUUGAUGGAGUUGAUGAGAAAACGGGUAAAAUGGUCGAGAUUGCGAACAGUUGAGAUUAUAUUUCAUUUGAUUACUUAACUAAAUAUACUCGAAUUGCUAUUGUUCAUGUUAUAGAAAUUACUUAUUUAAGUUCCCAACCCGGUACUGUUGUAAUGUAAAAACGCAACGGCUCUUUGAGACAUGUUCGAUAUUAUUUCGUAUAUUUCUAAUGUCCAUGUUCCGCUACCAUUACGAAACCUUUAAUUAAUUAGUUCCGAUUUAUUAAAUUAUCAAUAUUUUUAAUGUAUUAUUUGUUCAAGAUUUAAAGUUAUUAGAGCCAAAAUAAUAAUUUGACAAAGCAAUUGUAGGUGAUAGUUAAUUCCAAUUACUUUAUUAAGACUACAUUAAUAUCAAACAUGAUUAUCUUGAAACAAUAUAAUGUGCCUUAUGUGUUUGUACCUUGUCUUAUCGAAUUCUCGUGAUAACAGUUGUGUGAAACAUGACAAUAAUUAAUCGAUUAAUUAAAUGAUUAAUUGGUAUUAUUAAAUAUAAAAUUCUAUAGAAUUUAUUAGGCCAGUCCUAGUUAUAAUUACGCCAAAUGUAUAAAUUAUUUUAAUUAUUUUUGUAUCUAUUUUAAUACAAGUAUCUAAUGUUAAGGUUAUAAUAAAAGCAUUAUUAAUUUUACAA